AUGUACGGCCUCAGGGACUACAACACUAACGAGCUCGUCGAGAAGGGCUGGAGGAUCAUGACCACCGACCCGGAGUUCUCCAAGGUCGCGACCGUGUGUGACCACUCACACGGCCACCGAGUCAUCAGCGGGAAGCUGCACACUGCAGCCACAGCCUACUACCCGCAGGCGAUGUGCAAGGCAAUCGCCCGGCUGUGGCAUGCUCAACUCCGGACCCCGAUCGACCUCAACAUGGCCCUGGAGAACCCUGCUGUCCUCGACCUCGAGAAUGCCUACCUGAUGGAGCGGGACACCGGGAGCAUCUACGUCGCUGAGCCCACGGAUCUCGAAAGGGAACAGGUGCGUGCGAUGUUGAGCAGGAUCCACAAGGCUGCAGGGCACCCAGGGAACGAGCACUUGGCUUACUGGUGCAAGAAGCGGCAGUGUCCACGCUGGAUCAUCGACGAAGCGAUCAACCUUCGCUGCGAGGCAUGCGACCUGGUCAAGCACGGCCUUACCCACAAGGUCAAGGCGAGCCUCGACAUCCCCAUGGCACCUUGGCAGGCAGCCGUCAUGGACGUUUCCGACCUGACGUUCCCGGACUUGAAUGUGAAGGCCAGGUUUCUCCUCAUCGCAGAAGUCGCCACCGGCCUGAUGUGCGGGGACAUCACUGCGAAGAUCGGCCUCAAGGACAAGGGCACAGAUUCGUCAGCUACGCUGUUCACGACGUUUGCCAGAGCCUACCUUCAACACUAUCCCAAGCCAAGGUGGGUUUUCGUCGAUCCCCAGACCUCUUUUGAGGGCGGCGAGUUUAAAGACAACUGCCAGUUGGCCGGCAUCGGCGUCUCAGCGAAACCAGGAGGAGCACAUUGGAUGGCUGGCGACAUCGAGCGCCGCAUCUCGACCGUCAAGCAGGUAAUGAGGAAGCUUCGCCUACAAUACCCCAAGCUGAGUCCCGAGACCGUGUUUUACAUCUCGAUUGCGGCGGCCAACAACAUGGACAACAUCAAGGGCUACACGCCGAUGCAGUGGGCUUUCGGGUUCUCUCCGACCGAGGACCCUAUCUUGGCGCAUAACGCAGCUACUGGCAAGUUGAAGUCCGACUUCUUCGAGAUCGAGCGGGUGCGAGCGGAUGCAGAGGCGACCUACCUGAAGGAGAAGGCGUCCAGGAAGAUCUCAGAGCUGAAGAACUCAGCCCCACGACCUCGACAUGAAUAUAAACGAGGCGACUGGGUCUGUGUCUGGCGGUCGUACGCUGCGACAGGGAAGCGAAAGCUUUCCGGACAGGACUUCUUCACGGACGGCUUGUUCAUCGGACCGGGCCGGGUCUUGUUCUCCGAGCCGGCGGUCCAGACCGGCAACAAGGACGGCGUGAUCUGGGUCAUCAUGGGCAACCGAUGCUGGCGCUGCGCAGCUGAGCAACUGCGGCCAGCCACGCAGUCGGAGAUCGUCCAGAUCAACCUGAAGAAGGACGACAUCCUCAACAGUCCGCUCGAGGACGUCUGGAGGCACCUCCAGGACUUUGACGACAUAGCCGGGGAGCCCUACCCAACGGCAGAUGGCAUGAGGAUGCUACCACGUCAACCUCUCGAAGGCAUGCCGAGGGUGAUCGAGAAUCCCGAUGUGGCCGUGGAACCCCACGACGUCACGGAGGCAGAUGACGACCAGGAGGUAGACGAGGACAACUCAGCACCAGAGCCACCACAGACGCCGACUGCGGCGAGCGACCACGUGGAAGCCAGCGAGAUCGACAUUAUCAACUUCGUGCAGGAUCCGAAUAACGAGGCCGAGAUGGACCUGAUGAAGAUCGAGAUCGAGGCGGACCUUGAGGAGUUCUGCUUCGAUGCGAGCGCGUACCUGGAGAAGCAGCUGAACCGCGUGGCCAACAACACGGUCAAGAAGGGCGUGGAGGUUUCGUUUGGCCGCCUGAGCCCCGAGGAGAAGCCACUGUUCCAAGAGGCAAUGGCACGGGAGCUGGCGGAACAUCUGGAAGUACCGACAGUCCGGGCUGCAUCUGCUUACGCUGACUACAAUCAUGGAAAAGAUAUUCCAGCGGACAAGCUGAUCAAGAUGAGGUGGCUACUGACCUGGAAGCCUCUGACGCCACCUGAACCACCGGACAAGUCGGACCCACACCCCGUGAGCACGCCGGACGGGAAGUUCAAAGCGAAGGCCCGUAUCAUUAUGUUGGGCUUCUCGCAUCCGGACCUUGUCAGUCGCGACAAGUUCGGAGAUCGGGACCAGGACGGCACCGUGUGCGGGGUCAUCGGCUCGCACGUGGACGACUUUGGCAUCGCGGGCGACAGCGACAACAAGUUCUACCUCGACAUGAAGAACAUGCUGAAGGAGAUGCUGCGGUGGUCUCCAUGGCGAAGCACGCCGUGCAUGUGGGCAGGCAUGUGGAUCACCCAGGAGCCGUCGGGCAAGAUCCACGCCAGCCAGGAGGAGUUCUGUCACCAGCUCCUCGAGAUCAGGGUUGAGUCCGGCAAGUAUCUCUCGAAGGAUGACAAGCUCAAACCGGAGGACGUCACCCAGUUCAGGGCGGGCCUGAUGAAAUGCCAGUGGAGAGCGACACAGACAGCACCACAGUUCUCAUGUCGGGUGUCACUGUUGGCUCAGCGGGUGAACGAGGCGACGGUCGGGGACCUGAAGGACACGAACGCCCUCAUACGCGAUGUGAAGCGGACCGCUCGUGACUCAUUGGUGUUCCACAACUUCAAUAGCAACUGCGGCGGCAAGCUGAAGUGGGACGACCUAGUGAUUGUGACGUGGGUCGACGCAAGCAGGCUACUCCAACGAGGAGGCUACAUCGUGGCCUUCACCACGGCCGAGAUUCUCAAGCAUAAGGAAUGUGCAGUAUCUAUCGCCGACUGGAGAUCGUACAAGCUCAAGCGCACCGGCAUCGGCACCAGCGGCUGCGAGGGCCAGGCCCUGCACGACGGAGAGAACGCCGCGUACCUGAUGCGCAUGCUGUGGUCAGUCAUGCACGGAGUUCCAGUUACCGCGCACACUCAGGAGGAAGUGGCGCAAUCCAUGACUUCUGUGCUGGUGAUCGACAGUCGGGGAGUUUAUGACUCAGUUCACAACAAGGAGAGCUUCGGCAUAGGCCUGAGCGACGCGAGGACCGGCGUGGAGGUUUUGCAUGUGAAGGCGAACUGCGGGCCCGAGAAGAACCAGCACCUGGUCUGGGCACCCUCGGACCUCAACCUCACCGACGGCCUCGCGAAGGACAGUCCCGAGGCAAGGGGGCCUCUGGCUCUGUGGCUUGCACGGCGCACCUGGAUCAUCAGGUGCGACGAGGAUUUCAUGUCAGCCAGGAAACGACAGCGAGCUAACAAACUCGCUCAGGACAAGCCGCAGCCGCCUACGGACGCUGAAGCCGAGGCCGCCGACGCUUUAGCUUUUCUCGACCUAUCUUGA